GCAGCAUUACGCACAACGAGAUAAACGCCAAACUCUCCUUUAGAUGGGCAGAGCGCUCUCAAGAUCAGCUCGACCGAGUUUCAUCUUGUGAUUUGGCAAACACCGACACUUUCAGAAGUUAUUCUAUUUUUUUUUUUUUUCUGUCGGCGUAGGAGAAUCGGUUCUCUUCCUCGCAGGAACAGUGGAUCCGUAUGACUUCUCUAUCGUCCGGUCACGGUGACCGUAAAGGCACGGCAGUGAUGUAGCCAAGACAUAUUUGGGAGGAACAAACUGCGGAGCAACAGUUCUUGAGAUCCGAGUAGGAGAGGAUGAUCCCUCCGGCGAACAUGAUUCAGGACGAAAGUGGAGUCAAAGAGGACAGACGGGACCAGAAGGAGACCCCCCAGUCCCCGGCGGUGACCGUCAGCCCGCAGGAAACCAAGAAUACUGUGAGGCCUGACCAUCACAAGCACAAGCUGCAGAAACUGAAGCGCUCCUUGUCCUUCAAGACCAAGAGCAUUCGCAGCAAGAGUGCCGACAACUUUUUCCGGACCACCAGUGACAACAAGACGGAGCUUCUCUCUGAUGUGAGCAGCAGCACGGGCCAUCUCAGCACCAUUGGGAUGGCCCCGCCGCACACCACCCACCUCCCCAUCCCGCCGGUCCCUCCAGCCAUCCCCAGUGCCCCUCCUCCGACUUCACGCUCACAGGCACGCAACCCGCUGCAGGUUGACUCGGCGGGGCACUGCUUCAUGGAGCACAUCUUCAAGAAGCCCACCUUCUGCGACGUCUGCAACCACAUGAUCGUAGGUACGACAGCCAAGCAUGUGGUGUUCCUGGCGGGGAACACGGCGAAGCACGGCCUGCGCUGCAAAGCCUGCAAGAUGAGCCUCCACCACAAAUGUGAGAAUGGCGUGGGGCAGCAGCGCUGCAUGGGGAAACUGCCAAAGGGCUUUCGGCGGUACUACAGCUCCCCAUUACUGAUCCAGGAACAGUUCGGAUGCAUCAAAGAAGUCAUGCCCAUCGCCUGCGGCAAUAAGGUGGACCCGGUGUACGAGGCCCUGAGGUUUGGGACGUCGCUGGCACAAAAAGCCAAAAGGGCCAGCGGCUCCGAGUCUCCUCACAGAAACUCGACCAGUGACUUGGAUAAUGUUCCAGAGGAAGCGGUGGCUCACAGCAGUAGGCAGGAGCUGUCUAGAAAACACAGUGAUGAGGUUUUCGCAGUCCUGGAGAACGGGACAGAGAAUUUCCACCAGCCAGAGAGAAAGUCUGAGGAUUCACCGCAUGAGCAGCGUCAGACGCAGAAAGACGUCCUGCAGCUCAACACCUAUGUGGCCUUGUACAGUUUCACUCCCCAGGAGAGCCAGGACCUGGAGAUGAGACCAGGAGACAGGAUCUUACUGGCUGAUGACUCCAAUGAUGACUGGUGGAAGGGUGUAAUUGAGGACAGGAUCGGUUUCUUCCCAGCGUCCUUUGCUCAUCAGGUGCGGACUGGGGACCAAGUGUUCAGGUGUAACAGGACGUUUAUUGGCUGUAAGGAACAAGGCCAAAUCACCCUGAAGGAGGGACAGAUCUGUGUGAGCAGCGAGGGCGAGCGCAGCGGCUUCAUCCGAGUGGCCAGCGGAAAGAAGAGAGGCUACGUACCCUGUGAUGUUCUGGAAAUCAUCUGAGGCAAAAGAUCAGGGGGACGAAGAGAGAGAGAUUUAGAGAGAAAUGGAGAAAGCGAGAACGAGAGAGGUAGAGGUGACAGAGAGAAUCAGACAGAGAGAGAGAGAGAGAGAGAAGGAGGGUUUGAUGGCUGUGGCAGUAGCUGGGAUUAGUCGUCAGGCUCCCAAAAGGUCAGGGGUCGAGGAGCGGUGAACCUUUAAAAUGGCCACGUGAUACCAGUGAGGGAAUUCGCCGUCUGCAGAAUCGUGAGUCCAAACUUCAGGAGGCGUUGCUGCUCCCGUCGCUGUGGACUCAACUUUUGUUGCAGGUCAGAGCCUCUGACUGAGUCUUUGGUACCUUCCUCGCUCCCUCUCAGCCCAGAAGGAGAGACGCUGGGAUGAUGGACCACAUCUUGUGACUGCAGGUCACUGUAUCACUGGAUUUGAUUUAAUUUAGAGAGCCUACUUAAGUUUAUUUUUCCUUAUUUUUCCUCUGCCAGUCGUAGUUUAUUUUUGAAAGUGGAGCCGCCAGGCAGAAUGGAUGAGUUGUCUGCUCAAGCCUAAGAAAAGAAAACUUUAUGCCGUGAUUGUUUUUCAAGGUCUGAGUGCAUACAAAGACAUUCUUCUUACAAGUAAUUUAGUCUGUCAUUUUUUAACUUUAUGUUUCAAACAAGACUUUAGCUUUUAACUUCAGUUCACAAAAUAGUUGCCGGUACGUUUUGCUCUGAUGUGUCAGAUUAUAGUCCAUAACAUCAGCUCUGAUUUGAGAAGUUGAUCUGAGAUCAUGGUUUAGUACAAACAGCAUACAUGGUGAAAAAAGGGCAUAUGUAAAAUUGGUUCCUUUGCCUUCCAAAAGUCUAUGCACUUACUGUAUAAAGUCUAGCGUACACUUACACUUGUCCUAUGAAAGAAGGUCUCCUUACUUUGCUCUUGUAACAGGAGAGAAACAGAAAAAAAAACCCAUCAGAUGCUACAGAAAGAUGUGGGGGAGUAUUUUCAAAGGAGGCUGACACAAUCAAAGAGAUCAGAAAUUCUCUC